AUGUUCGCUACUUUCAAGGUUUCCAAGACGGACAUUGGUGCCACAAAGGCCAUUUGCUUAUGGGAUGAUGAUGAGGAGCAAGAUCCAUCGUCAUACGAAUCUGAAGCUGCAACUGCUAUUUCGCCAUCUCCAUACCGCGCCCACGUCCCUGGCACUCCUCUUACGUUCAUUGGAUUGAAGCUCCCAGCCUAUACCGAGCAGACCCGCCGAGGACCGAUACCAAACCCUACCAUUAAGGCGACUCACCUCGACUUUUUGGUCCAUACAUUCGACGUUAUACAAGGCUUGUCCUGGGCUGACCCCGAGUACUCGCUCGUUUCCCUGGGGUUUCAGGACGCAAUUCACAAUCCAUGCUUGAUGUAUGCUUUUGCCGCCUGUGGUGCUGCAGUAUUGGCGAAAGGCGACUCUAGAUGGGAAGCAGUCUGUCUUGCUCACCACACUCGAUCGAUUGAACUAGUCUCUACCGCCCUCCGCAGUAACUUAGUCUUAACAGCGUGUGAUAGUACCUGGCUUCUUGCUGCCAUCAAUGCUCUCCAUAUCUUUGAGACCCUACGCACGUAUGACUCACAGCCCAAUACGUUCCACCUGACAGCUGCCGUGGAACUGUGCACCAAACAAAUUGAAGAUGGUCGAGCUUUGACGAUAUUCCAGCACAAGGUUCUGGGAGAGGUCAUCUUUCAGCUAGUGAUCGCAACCAUGUUGCACGAUGUCAUCAAUUGGAUAUUCAGGCUCUCAUAUCUACGCCUGCGAGUGCCGCUGUCUGGAUCUCACCUGUCCGAAGCAAGAACAAUCGUGGCCAGUCUAGAACGAUGGCAACCGUCAUCACCGAUUCUUGGCUCAGGAGAAGAUGGUGUUAGAAUUCCGGCGGAAGUGAUCUCGACGGCUGGAAUAUAUCGUUGUGCGUGCCUCAUCUACGCACAUAAACUAGUCGACUGCACCCUGAGCUCGUCGGAUGCGAUCAUUGCUGUAUACGUACGUUCUGGUGUAGACCUCUUGGCCAACAUUCACGCUUCCAACCCCAGGGAUACGAGCGUGACGAUAUGGGCGGUAUUUAUUAUUGCAUUGGCUACAGGGACCACUGAGGACCGGAUAAUCUGCAGACGAGCUUUGCAGUACUUGCUUUCCACCUUUGGCAUUGGCUGCAUCCGUGGCAUCUUGGAUCUGCUGUCGUAUGCACUGGAAGACGACUCAACUUCCCAUUACGGCACCGCAGGUCUCGAUGUGCUUUUUAGAGACGAUCUCCUUGGCCAGAUCAUCUUCUGA